AUGGACAAGAAGCCUCGCACAAGCAAACAGCGGGCCGCGAACUACAAAAGACCAACGAUAACAGAAGUCAAAGAAAUGGUAAAACGAACUAGCAGCCUCAAACAGAACCCCUCAACAAGCACUGGAAAAGAUAGCGGUCACCGACCCGCACCGGCACCAGAACUUCCCUCACCCCCCCGCCGUAGUACUGGUGAUGACAUUUCUAUGGGUGAUAUUGACGCCAUAAGUGAUCCUGCUUUGAAGCUGGUAUUCAAGAAAUUGGUUUGCCAGCAGCCCGCCGAUUGCCGGUCAGCUUCGGAGAAGUUCAACACGCUUGGAGAGGCGCUUGCGCCUGAAAACAUUCUGGUUAUUGCUUCCGAAAUCCUUCAGUGGAGCGCAGAUAAACAACCCACGCAUUUCCCGUCCCAACGCACUUUGAAGAAGCUGCAAGGUUCUUACGCGACGGCCUUUCAAAAAUUGCAUGGAAAGCUUCAACGGCGUCGCAGCAAGGGCGAAGGUCACGUCUUGUCAUCGGUCCCUGACACGGAUGACGAGUUGUCUGCGUUUCUCGAGCAUUGUGACGUCACAAUCAAGCAUCGAAACGUUGAGCAUGCGUGCUGCACAAGCUCAUCGGCUGGUGGAAGCAUUUCCCGGAGUGCGAAAGACGUUUCAUUUGAGUGCAUGGUGGUGGAGAACUUUGAUCUGUUCGAAGAGUGUUUCAAAACGCUGUGGUCGGCGAAGGAGAAGGCGGUCAAAGAGAGGGUGGACAAGCAGCGGACCAAAUAG